AUGCGGCUCCACAGCCUCUCCGCCUACGCCGAUGCGCUCUGCUCCGAUGGCUCUCCCGCCGGCUACUACUGGCAGCCCGCCGCGGCGGAGAGCGGCGACUGGAUUGUGAUGCUGCUCAGCGGCGGCUGGUGCUGGGACGCGCCGAGCUGCGAGGAGCGUUGCGGCGGGGAGCGGCGCUCCUCGCACCUCUGCUCUUCGCGAGCCUGGCCGGCGGAGCGCGAGGCGACGGGCGUGCUCGCAUCGCCGCACCCUCGGCUCGGUGCCGCCAACAAGAUUCUCGUGCCGUACUGCACCUCGGAUGCACACAUGGGGGACGCCGCCGCGUUUGGCCUCGAGUUCCGCGGCGCCGCGGUCGUGCGGGCGGUGCUGCACGACCUGGUGACCACGCGCGGCCUCGGGCCCGGCGCGCGUCUUCUAUUUGGCGGCGUGUCUGCGGGCGCGAGAGGCGCGAUGGUGCACCUCGACUACGUGCGCGGCAUGCUCCCGCUCCCGCGAGAGGCGCGGCGGCGCGUCGAGGUGCGCGGCCUCAUCGACUCUGCGAUGUGGCUCGACGACCCGCCCCUCCGGCCGUGGGCGUCGACCAGGAAGAGCUUCUUCGGCCUGGCAAACGCGACUGCCAACGUCGCGUCGUUCGCCAACGUCACCCACCUCGGCGAGGAGUGCGCCGAGGAGCACGCCGACGAGCUGUGGAGGUGCCUCUUCGGCGCGUACCGGCUGCUCUCCGUGCGCACGCCCUACCUCGCCGUCGGCUCCCAGUUUGACACCUACCAGCUCGACAACGACUUUGGGGGCUGCGGCCACUGGGGCUGCCGCCCGUCGGGCCCGGAGGAAGAGGCCUUCGCGUGGCGGUUCGCAGACGAGACGGCGGCGCUCGCGCGUAGCCUCGCCGUCGGCGAGCGCUACGUCUACUCGAGCCGCUGCCACCGCCACGCAGACAGCCUCGGCGGUGACUUCUUCUUGCGCGGGUGCGGCGGCGUCUCGAUGCAGGCCGCGCUGCUCCGGCUGCUCGAGGAGCCCGCCACGCUGCCCGGCCUGUGGAUUGACGAGCAGUGCGACCACUUCGACUGCUGCUGCCGCCCGGCCGACCGCACGACCGCCACCGCCGCCGCAGCGAGCCUCGCCGCAAUCGGCCUCUGCGUCGCCGCCUAUGCGCUCCGCGAAGCCAGGCGCCGCGUUGCCAAGGCGGUGUGCCCGAGUGAGGGAGAGGGGGUGCCUGAGGGGACGCCGGCUGUCGGAACCAACGGGACGAGCGGGCCAGCCGUCGAGAGGGUUUAG